UCUUCAUCGGGGAAGCGCCUUAGCACUGCGGUCUGUAACCAGCACCUCGAAUAUCCUACGCUGGUGUAAUGGACACGCUCUUGUCGUGGUUUGAAUCACAAGGCGGAUCAUUGGACUCGUUCUCGAUCAAGCUUGCUGAUAUUGAGGGACAUGGCCGCGGCGCCGUAGCUAAAAGAGAUAUUCCCGAAGGGCAUGUUCUGUUCUCUAUCCCACGAGGCUUGACUUUAUCCACGCGUAACUCGGCUUUGCCUGGACUGAUCGGCCAGGCUCUCUGGGAUAAACAUGGUUUGGGUAAAGGUUGGGUUGGCCUGAUUUUAUGCAUGAUGUGGGAGGAAGCACAGGGCACCUCUUCCAAGUGGUCAGGUUACUUGAACAUAUUACCCAACGUGUUUGAUACGCCCAUGUUCUGGGCUGAGGAGGACCUCCAGGAACUAAAGGCCACUGCUGUUUUCGACAAGAUAGGCAAGGAAGACGCUGAAAGAGACUACCGUGAUAGAUUAUUGCCAUGUCUGCAGACUCGCCCAGACCUUUUCCCACAGGAUCAGAUCUCGACAUAUUACUCACUAGAACGAUACCAUAUAAACGGUAGCCGUAUCCUGUCCCGAAGUUUUCACGUGGAAAACGCGGCAGAUGAAGAAGAAGAAGACAACGUCGGGGACACCAAUGAGAACGGCAUGGAUGUGGACGAAGCGCCUCAAUUGAUAGACCCUAAUGCCCCGACAACCACCGGAAGCGAAUAUCCGGAAGCUGAGGAUAGCGAAGCUAGUGAAGACGAAGAUGAGGAAGACGUGGGGGACGUCGCCAUGGUCCCACUGGCGGAUAUGCUGAAUGCCCGCUACGGCUCCGAAAACGCGAAACUCUUUUAUGAGAAACAUGAUUUACGGAUGGUCACCACGAAACCAAUCAAAGCGGGUGAGCAAAUUUGGAACACAUAUGGGGAUCCGCCCAAUUCAGAUCUUCUCCGCCGAUAUGGGCACGUGGACAUAAUACCGCUACCGGAAGGUGGUGAAGGAAAUCCUGCGGAUAUUGUCGAGGUCAGGGCAGAUCUUGUCGUUGAAUGCCUGUCAGGUAUCCAAUCAGGGGAGACGUCAGAGAGGAUAGACUGGUGGCUAGAUCAAGGUGGCGAUGAUGUCUUUGUCCUAGACAAAGAGCUGGAGCUACCCGAAGACUGCAUAUCGUUCAUUCGACUCCUCCAAUUACCGCAAAACGAGUGGGAAAAAGCCAGAAAGAAGAACAAACUGCCGAAAGGAAAACUGGACCCUACCAUUGCUUCCAUCGGGCUGAAAGUCUUGGACCAACGACUCAAUCAAUAUCCUACCACUAUUGAGGAGGAUGAGGGUCUUUUAUCGCCUGAACGCAUAGGAGGCCUAAGUCUGAAUAGAAAGCAUGCCGUUAUAGUUCGGCUGGGGGAGAAGCGGAUACUGAAGGGCACUCUCGAUAAGUUAAGGUCUAUGGCGCCACAAGGAGGAGGCAAGAGGAAGGCAAACGACACAAGCGGGCGUGGCGUUUCGGGAAAGAAGUCAAGACGGUAGUACUACUACUAGUAUACUAGAGCAUUGUCUCGAUACCUGCUCCAAUACUUACAAUGUUACAUCAAGUUCAUG